CGGAUUCCCUUGGCUGUUUAUUUCCGGUCUAAGGCGGAAGUACAUGCAGGGGUUUCGUGGAGGUGACCGAAUGGUGGCUAGCUGAAGCAUUUCUGGAAAUAUCGCAUUAAUACAGAGUUAAAAUCGUUUUUCUUUGAGGGAACACACCUUGGUCGCUGCCAUGGGAGCUCACCUGGGAAAACGGUACCUCACCGAGACCGAGACCGAGCCGGACCCCGCGACGAAGUUCGGCUUCGACCCUGAGUUCGGGUUUGGAGAGAGGAAAGAGAGAGAGAUGGUAGCGACUCAGGAGCAGAUGAACUUGGCCCAGCUGCCUAUGGAGCAAAGGGACUACUGUGCUCACCACCUCCUUAAACUUAUGAAGUGCAAGAGGGACAACUGGCCCAACUUCCUGGCCUGCAAGCACGAGAGACACGACUGGGACUACUGUGAACACCAGGACUACGUGAUGCGUAUGAAGGAGUACGAGAGAGAGAGGAGGCUCCAGCUGAGGAAGAAGAGAAUCGAGGCUCAGGCUGAAGCUGCAUGAUCAGUACAUCCUCUGAUAUUCUUCAUCUUUGUAUAUACGUGCUGCUGUUCACAAUAAACAGGAUUGUUCAAGCUCUCAAA